AUGGAUUUGAGAGUAGGAAGAAAAUUUCGUAUUGGUAGGAAGAUUGGGAGCGGUUCCUUUGGUGACAUUUACCAUGGUACAAAUUUGAUCAGCGGCGAAGAAGUGGCUAUUAAGCUGGAGUCCAUUAGAUCAAGACACCCUCAAUUGGACUACGAAUCCCGUGUCUACAGAUACUUGAGCGGUGGCGUGGGGAUUCCUUUCAUCAGAUGGUUCGGCAGAGAGGGCGAAUACAAUGCCAUGGUUAUCGACCUUCUAGGCCCAUCAUUGGAGGACUUGUUCAACUACUGUCACAGAAGAUUUUCCUUCAAAACGGUUAUCAUGCUGGCGUUGCAGAUGUUCUGCCGCAUCCAAUAUAUACAUGGCAGAUCGUUCAUUCACAGAGAUAUCAAACCAGACAACUUUCUCAUGGGAGUAGGACGCCGUGGUAGCACCGUUCACGUUAUUGAUUUCGGUCUUUCCAAAAAGUAUCGAGAUUUCAACACUCAUCGUCAUAUUCCCUACAGAGAAAACAAAUCCUUGACCGGUACAGCUCGUUACGCAAGUGUUAACACACAUCUUGGUAUAGAGCAAAGUAGAAGAGAUGACUUGGAAUCGCUAGGUUACGUCUUGAUCUACUUCUGUAAAGGUUCUUUGCCAUGGCAAGGUUUGAAAGCCACCACCAAGAAACAAAAGUAUGAUCGUAUUAUGGAAAAGAAACUGAACGUCAGCGUGGAAACUUUAUGUUCUGGUUUACCGCUAGAGUUCCAAGAAUACAUGUCUUACUGUAAGAACCUGAAGUUUGAUGAGAAACCAGAUUAUUUGUUCUUAGCGAGACUAUUCAAGGAUUUGAGCAUCAAACUGGAGUACCACAACGACCACUUGUUCGAUUGGACAAUGUUGCGUUACACAAAGGCAAUGGUGGAAAAGCAAAGAGACUUACUCAUCGAAAAGGGCGACUCAGACGUAAAUAACAACGCGAAUAGCGCAAGCAGCGCCGACAACAAGUCUGAAACCUUCAACAAGAUUAAGCUACUAGCUAUGAAGAAGUUCCCUACUCAUUUCCACUACUAUAAAAAUGAAGACAAACACAAUCCUUCGCCAGAAGAAAUCAAACAACAAACCAUUUUGAAUAAUAACGCAGCUUCCUCUUUACCAGAAGAACUGUUGAAUGCACUGGAUAAAGGCAUGGAAAACCUGAGACAACAGCAACCGCAACAACAGGGCCAAAGUUCACAACCACAGCAGCAGCAGCAGCAGCAGCAGCAACCGGGUGGACAAAGACCAAAUUAUUAUCCUGAACCAUUACUGCAGCAGCAGCAUAGGGAUUCCCAGGAGCAGCAGCAGCAGCAGCAGCAGCAGCCAGUCCCCAUGGCUGCCACCAGGGUCACUCAGUAUCCUCCGCAAGUAAGCGCCAAUAAUUUCAAUACUAAUCAAGCAUCUGCACAACCUCAAAUGAGAUCUAAUUCGCAGCAACCACCUCAAGAUAAACCAGCCGGCCAAUCGAUUUGGUUAUAA